AUGGCGGAGAAGGAGGAGAAGGUCUUCGACAUCCUCUCGAGGGGAAGAGGAGAGGCAGACACUGAUACCUUUCCUCUGGUGCCCAGUGACCGGACCCGAGGGAAUGGCCUGAAGUUGUGCCAGGGCAGGUUUAGGUUGUGGAUCAGGAGAAGGUUCUUCGUUCAGAGAGUGGCUGGGCACUGGAACAGCUCCCCAGUGAAAUGGUCACAGCACCAGCCUGACAGAGCUCAAGAACUGUUGGGACAGCGCUCUCAGGCUCUUGAUGGCCUAGUUGCUGAAAUUGAGAAAAAGAUUACAGAAGCUUUUGAGGUGUUUGACCGCGAAGCCAAUAAAACUGUGGAUGUCAGAGAGAUUGGUUGCAUUGUCAGGUCACUGGGUUGCUUCCCAAAUGAGGCAGAAGUACAGGAACUGCUUGCAAAGAUAGAAGUAGAAGAACCGGGUGGAUUCGUUCAUCUGGAAAAAUUUCUUCCAGUGAUGACAGAAGUUCUACUUGACAGAAGAUUCCGACCUAUUCCAGAAGAUGUUAUUCUACAUGCAUUUGAGGCUUUGGAUGAGAAUAAAUGUGGAUAUAUUACCCAAGAGGACCUGGUAAAACAUUUGACUGAAGAAGGUGAGCCCUUUACUCGGGAGGAAAUGGAGGACAUGCUCGCUGUUGCUCUAGAUCCAGAAACAAAUACUCUUCGUUACAGAGAUUACCGUACAAAGCUGGUAGUAGAUGAAACUAAGACCUUCCCUUUUAAUGUCUGAGAUGCCUUUUGGUAACAGCACUGUGACUUGACAGAUAGUUGAAAUAUGUAUUUUAAAGUAUUACAAAGCUCAGCUUGUGACUCUGUGCUUAUAACUAAAAUGAAAUCUGUGAAGUUAUGUUUC